AAAUAUUUUUGGGGGAAUUUUGAAGCGCACCUGCUCCUAAUGUUUAGUUUAAAGAAUUAGUGAGAAGAAAUGCUGUAUCACGUUUCCAACAGGCAGUUGGGCAAGCACACCUUCCGACCUGGUUCGUCGUUUACGUACCUACCGUCUGCCAGUGAUGACAUGUUUGAGUGCCACGCUCGCAGCGCCAGGGAGGAAGGAACCGCAGAGUUUUAGGAGACCCUCUACUGACUGGGCUGCUUGCACACUGUGCAGGACAGGACAACAAGGUCUGGAGGUUCUUCAGAGGGCGCAACAACGUAAGGUGGAAUGGCCACAGCAGCCCCACCACACCAAGCCACCAAUACAGGAUGCCAUGAUGCAUACUUCCAUUGAUGAAGCCUUUACAAGCAUUUUACAGUACAUGUCCACCACAACCAGACAGUGUCGGCGGUAUUACCGAAGCGUCCCUCCUGCUCAACACAAUCCAUCAGACAAACAGCAUGUUAGGCGAUUCCACACACCACAGUAUACAGAACUACACAAGAAACACCCGUUGCUUCAUUCAGAAGAUGUCCAUGUUGUGGUGGCCCCAGGAACUUAUGCUGUGACCGCUGGUGCCUGGGGUACAGCGCAGCAGCAAACCCACGUCGUUCACGUCAACAAAGGGCAAAGCGUGGAUUUGGACUUUGUACUUUAGCCGGUGGUCUUGCUUCCCAUUAACCAUUGUCUGUUGAAAUCAAGUACGCCUUGGAGUCGGUCAUCACAGGAUACAUGCGUGCACCUGGUAACCUGAUGACUGCUAACCGUGUUGCACCAUUCAUUUGGCUGAGACGUUACCCUUGGCCUGGCUGUUUUUGCCUUUGAACAGCGCUCUGGUUUCAUGGACUUGAUUGCAAGAAAUAGAGCCGCUGUAUGUGAUGAAAACAGGAAGAAAUCCACACACUGUAAAGACAAUUUUACAAAUUUCAUUUCUUUGGAAGUAAAUUUCUCAUUAGAGAAGAGAAAACUCCAGUUUCUUUCAAGAAUAAACGUAUCUGCAACCUAGGUUUUCUUCAAUGGACCCGAUUACAAAAUGACAAUUUAUAAAACAGAAAUUUAGAUCAUCCAAAAAUAUUGCAUGAACUGUUUGCUGAGGAAGUAGGAUUUGGCCAUUUCUGAACAAAACAUUCUUGACAAUGAUAGUUGCCGCAAAAUUUCACAUUAUGCCAUGUUGCCACACACUGAAAUUUAGAACUGUUGAAGCCCAGGAAAUGGGUUUGGCUGAUUUCACUGAUCUUUGUAAACCCUACCAAUGUGAAAUCAUGUUUUUGUGAGAAUUAAAGAAUGGUGUUUUUAGCAUCAUGUGUUCACAUGCUAAGCAUGGUGAAACUCCUUGAUUGAAUUAGUGAGAAACUCCUUGAUUGAAUUAGUGAGAAAAGGCAAUGUGAAAACCUUGAUGUUUCCUGCUGGAUCACAGUACAUUCAUCUGGAAGUUGUAUUGUAGAUGUUUUUUUGUCACUUUAGGAUUUUUUUAAAGAUUGGGUGAAUAAAGUCUUGGAAACCAUCA